AUGGCUCUACCUACCUCCAAGUACCUGGCCAAAAACAUCAUUUUUCUUCUGUUUGUAAUCUCUUCUGUAAGCACAGCAGAAGCAGCUCUCGCAUGUCCUGAUAAGGAUCCUGAGUUAGAAAACUGGAACCCAGGUCACAACGAAGAAAACCGCAUUGAAAUCCGUAAUGGCAGGAAGCUCCUCCUCUCUUCUUCUGCCACUGUCCACUCCAUCCACAUCACUGACGGAGGAAAACUGGUCAUUAAAGAUGAUGUGCAGCCUAUCAUUUUGCGUACUAGACAUAUACUCAUUGAAAAUGAUGGAGAGUUACACAUCGGCAGUGAGAUGUGCCCUUACCAAAGCAAUGUGUUUAUCAUCUUAUAUGGGCGAGCGGGUGACGGCAGCCAACCAAAUCCCUACUUUGGGCAGAAGUAUCUUGGAGUAAGUAAGGGUGGCACUCUUGAGAUCCACGGAAAGAAAAAGCUGUCCUGGACUUUCUUAAACAAAACUCUUCAUCCUGGUGGCAUGGAAGAAGGUGGAUAUUACUUUGAAAGGAGCUGGGGCCAUCGGGGUGUCAUUGUCCAUGUUAUUGACCCAAAGACGGGGGCAGUUGUCCAUUCAGAUCGAUUUGAUACCUACAGAGCAAAAGAGGAAAGCAUACGUCUGUCCCAGUAUUUGGGCAGAGUUGCGAAUGGCAUGAUCCUGUCGGUUGCAGUGAACGAUGAAGGAUCUAGAAACUUGGACGACUCUGCCAGGAAAGCAAUGACCAAACUGGGCAGCAAGCAUUUCCUCCACCUUGGGUUUAGGCACCCAUGGAGUUUUAUUACUGUUAAAGGAAAUCCCUCCUCUUCUGUUGAAGACCACAUCGAAUAUCAAGGUCACAAAGGGUCGGCAGUGGCCAAAGUAUUCAAACUAUUCAAAGCUGAGAAUGGAGAACAUUUUAACAUCUCUUCGACUAGUGAGUGGGUUCAAGAUGUAGAAUGGACAGAGUGGUUUGAGAAGCCUGAUAAAGCGAGAUCUAAGGACAUGGAGAAGCUUUCUGACUUCAAAGCUGCUCAUCCUGAUAAAAUCUGUAGGCAGCCCAUUGACAUCCAGGCAAUGACGCUUGAUGGAGCUAAUUUAACUACUGAGGUUUUCUACAAGAGUGGCCACGAUUACAGGUUUCUGUGCCACGGCAAGGACCAGACGGGCGAGGGCUGCCAAAACUAUAGAGUACGGUUCCUGUGUGGCAGAUCUGUGAAACCAAAGCUUACUGUAACCAUUGACACCAAUGUGAACAGCACGGUCCUGAAUCUGGUGGAUGAUGUGAGCUCAUGGAAACCCGGAGACAGGCUGGUGGUUGCAAGCACUGACUACUCCAUGUACCAGGCGGAGGAGUUCCAAGUACUGCCAUGCAGAACCUGCAGACCCACCCAGGUCAAGGUAGCAGGGAAAGCAACAUACCUUCACACUGGCGAAGUCGUUGAUGGCGUUGAUAUGCGGGCAGAAGUGGGGCUGCUGAGCCGCAAUGUCGUGGUGAUGGGUGAGAUGGAGGCACGGUGCUAUGAAUACAGCAGCAAGUUAUGCUCCUUCUUUGAUUUCGACACCUUUGGGGGACACAUCAAGAUUGGUCUUGAUUUUAAGGCUACCCAUAUUGAAGGUCUAGAACUGAAAUACAUGGGCCAGCAGACGAUGGGACAUUACCCAAUUCACUUCCAUAUGGCUGGAGAUGUGGAUGAGAAAGGAGGCUACAACCCUCCAACGUAUGUGAAGGAUGUCUCCAUCCACCAUACCUUCUCCCGCUGUGUCACAGUCCAUGGAUCCAAUGGUUUACUGGUGAAGGAUGUUGUGGGUUACGAUGCACUGGGACAUUGCUUCUUUACAGAGGAUGGACCAGAAGAGCGCAACACAUUUGAUCACUGCCUUGGACUGCUUGUUAAACCUAGCACUCUGCUCCCCUCCGACCGAGACAGCAGGAUGUGCAAGCUGAUCACGGAGGGAGCUUACCCGGGGUACAUCCCUAAACCCAGGCAGGACUGUAGCGCUGUAUCCACCUUCUGGAUAGCCAACCCACACAACAACCUUAUAAACUGCGCAGCUGCUGGAUCUGAAGAAACAGGCUUUUGGUUUGUUCUGCACCACGUGCCGACGGGGCCCUCGGCGGGCAUGUAUUCCCCUGGCUACUCGGAGCACAUGCCGAUGGGGAAAUUCUCCAACAACCGCGCACAUUCCAACUACCGGGCUGGAAUGAUCAUUGAUAAUGGUGUGAAAACCACUCCAGCCUCAGCCAAGGACAAAAGACCUAUCCUGACACUGAUUUCUGGGAGAUACAGCCCACACAAAGAUGCUGAUCCUUUGAAGCCCAGGGAACCUGCAAUAAUUGAGCACUUUAUUGCCUACAAGAAUCAGGAUCAUGGGGCCUGGCUGCGGGGUGGAGAUGUGUGGCUGGACAACUGCCAGUUUGCUGACAAUGGCAUUGGCCUGACCUUGGCGAGUGGUGGGACUUUCCCUCAUGAUGAUGGCUCAAAGCAAGAAAUCAAGAACAGCCUGUUUGUUGGUGAGAGUGGAAACCUGGGCACCGAGACGAUGGACAACGAGAUCUGGGGACCUGGAGGUCUGGAUCACAGAGGAAGGACGCUGCCCAUCGGCCCGGAUUUUCCCAUUCGAGGGAUUCAGUUCUACGAUGGACCGAUCAAUGUCCAGAACUGCACCUUCCGCAAAUUCGCUGCCCUAGACGGCCGGCACACGAGUGCCCUGGCCUUUCGGCUCAAUAACGCCUGGCAGAGCUGCCCCAACAACAAUGUCACCGACAUUCAUUUUGAAGAUGUCCCUAUUACCUCAAGGGUCUUCUUUGGAGAACCUGGCCCCUGGUUCAAUGAUCUGGAUAUGGAUGGUGAUAAAACAUCAGUUUUUCAUGAUGUAGAUGGCUCUGUGUCAGAAUAUCCAGGCUCAUACCUGAUAAAAGAAGAUAACUGGUUAAUCAAGCACCCUGACUGCAUUGAUGUGCCUGACUGGAGAGGUUCCAUCUGUAGCGGACACUUUGCACAGAUAUACAUCCAAGCCUACAAGCCUGCCAACCUGAAAAUGAAAAUAAUAAAAAAUGACUACCACAAUCACCCACUCUACUUGGAAGGGGCUUUGAGCAAAAGCACUCAUUACCAGCAGUAUCAGCCAGUUAUAACUCUGAGGAAAGGCUACACCAUCCACUGGGACAAGACAGCCCCUGAAGAGCUGGCCAUAUGGCUCAUCAACUUCAACAAGAACGACUGGAUCCAAGUAGGGUUCUGCUAUCCUAAAGGGACGACAUUUUCCAUUCUCUCAGACAUCCACAAUCGUCUCUUGAAGAAAACGUACAAAACUGGAACUUUCUACAGAACCUCUCAAAUGGAGAAAUUGGAGCACAGAUAUCCUAGCAAAGGAUACUACUACUGGGAUGAGGACACUGGGCUGCUGUUUCUGAAACUCAAAGCUCAAAAUGAGAAGGAGAAAUUCGCUUUUUGCUCUGUCAAAGGCUGUGAACGAAUAAGGAUCAAAGCUGUGAUCCCAAAGACGGCUGGCGUCAGCGACUGUGAAGCCAUGGCCUAUCCCAAGUACAUUGAGACACCAGUAGUAGAAGUGCCAAUGCCUAAGAAGCUCUCUAGUGCACAACUGAAAACUAAGGACCACCUACUAGAAGUGAAAAUAGAAACUUAUAAGAAACAGUACUUCCACCUAAAGGAUGAUUUUGCAUACAUUGAGGUUGACGGCGUCAGGUUUUUCCUCACUGAUGAGGGUAUCCAGCUGGUUGUGAUUGAUGGACAUCAUGGAAAAGUUGUUGAUCGAGUAACAUUCAAAAACUCAAUUCUACAAGGAAUCCCAGCACAGAUAGAAAACUAUGUCAACAACAUCAAAGAUCACUCUAUAGUGCUGGUGACAUCUAAAGGAAGAUUCAUUUCAAGAGGACCAUGGACUAAAGUCCUGGAGAAGCUUGGAGCAGAAGAGGGUUUAAGGUUAAAAGAAAAAAUGGCUUUUGUUGGAUUCAGAGGCAGCUUCCGCCCUGUCUGGGUGAAGCUGGUCACUGAUGAGGACUCAGCUAAAAUCUAUCAAGCACUGCCAAUUCCUGUGGUGAAGAAAAUGAAAUUAUGA